GGGAAGGAGAAAGAGAAGGAAAGAAAAGAAGAAGAAGAGAAGCGCGGUCAGAUGGCGACCUCCAAACGAGGGAUUAGAUCCACUCGGAAACUCCGAGACUGGACUGUGGAGCAGGUGGAGAGCGGAAAAUUCCAAGGUUUGGUUUGGGAUGACCCGCCAGCCAAAACGAUGUUCCGUAUCCCGUGGAAACACGCCGGAAAGCAGGAAUUCCGGCAGGAAGAAGACGCCGGUUUUUUCAAGGCCUGGGCUAUCUACAAAGGAAAGUACAUCCCUGGAGAAUGCAACCCAGCCACUUGGAAAACCCGUGUCCGCUGUGCUUUGAGCAAAAGUCCCGAGUUUGAGGAAGUGCCGUCCCGUUCCCGGCUAGACGUCUCGGAGCCUUACAAAGUGUAUCGCUUGGUGCCGUUUUUGGAACAGGUGACGGGCAAUAAGGUGAAAAGGCAGAACACAAAGCAGGUGAAAAUGGAUGAUUCCGGCAGCCCAGAGGCAGCGAGUCCCCGGGAGGAGAGGAAGCCGCCAGCCAAUUCCCUGUUGCUACUGGAAAGCGCAGAGACCCCCACCCCAGAAGUCAUGGCAAGCCAACUGUUCAAUGGUUUCAACUUGCCCAACUGCCAGAACAGGGAAGUCAGUCCUCAGGCCGCUGAACCAGCACCGGAAAUGAACGAGAUGAUCGCCGUCAGCUUGGAGACGGAUCUCAGCCCUCUGAUGGGGGCUGCUACUAGACCAAUAGAGGAUUUUUCUCUUUGUGUGUCCAUCUCCUAUGCGGGCGAACCGCCCUGCAGAUACUUGUUACCGGAAGGCGAAUAUCUCUUUACGUCGGUCGCAGAAUCGCUGAAUGGUCCCAAUUGUUUGAAACGUUUUGUUUUAACGGCCCCAGUUACCAUGGCCGAUGAGCUGAAGCAGAAGAUCGUUCAACGUCGGCUCAAGGAUUUGGUAAAAGGCAUCAUGGUGGCCAGUAACCAUGGAGGGAUCUUCAUUCUAUGCCGGGAUAAAGUCCAUGUCUCGUGGUCAGGAUUUUUGGCCCCCGAAGGCCAAAUCAAACUGGAGAAUAACACUCACCAGCAGCUGUUCAAAUCCCGGGAAUUUCGGUCAGCGCUGGAGCUAUACCAGGAAGGCCUGGGGCCACUCCCGGAUCCCCGAGUCAUUCUCUACGUGGGAAAUGAUCUGGAUGAAAACGGAGAUGUGGACUGCAAGCCUAUCAUCAUUCAGAUGGAACAGACAUUUGCUAUCCGGAUGCAUUCCUCCGGCUGCUUCCCGUAGUAGAGAUCUUCAUUUCCCUACACCGGUGUGGUUUUCGGCCACCUUCUCUACAGAAACUACGUCCUGAGAAUGCAAAGCUUUUGAUUCCUGAGAAGAAACCAACCAUGGGAACAUUGGUUCAGAGGGCCAAAUUUGGAUGGACGUUGUAUCCGUUAACUUCCACUUGAUUCUUCCUUCUCCAACUGGGACGUCCUUCCUACAACAAAUUGGGAAGCGCCGCUUGCUACUGGCGUCCAAAGGAAAACACUAAAAUACGCCCCCUUCAAAAAAAAAAAAAAAAGAAAGCAAAUUUUGGGACCGGCUCUUUUUCACAUUUUGGAGAUGAGGAGAGGAACGUCCUUCCGUAGCCCGAUCAAUUUCUGCCUUUCCUGGCUGAGAUAUGGGGUGGUGGUGGAGGGGGAUGUCUUCUCCGCCAACUUCUGCAAAUUAUCUGUUGCUUCCUUCCCUUCCUGCAUGUCACUUUAUACUGUUUGCACUUUACCUGACUCUAAAACAUGUGUAAUCUGGCAGGCUUUUUACUACAUACAUAAAAUCUCUUCGGAAUUAAUAAAACGUUAGU